CGGCACUAUGAAAUGAGUUGUUUAGGCAUGUUUUUCCAUUUGAAAAUAAAGACAGGCAUUCACCAGUUUCCCCUACAUAGAAAAUUAGAGAUUGUAGGAAGCAGUUGAGUAAAGAUGGAUUCCUUGGGCAGAAGCAGAAGGAAGAAGGCACAUGCCGUGUGCGUACCCCACCCAACACAAGGUCACAUAAACCCAAUGCUAAAGCUAGCAAAAGUCCUUCACUCUAAAGGCUUCCACAUAACCAUGGUCAACACCGAGUACACCCACAAACGCCUUCUCAAAUCAAGAGGUCCUCAUUCCCUCAAGGGCAUCCCAUCAUUUCGCUUUGAAACCAUCCCCGAUGGUCUACCCGAGCCUCUCCUGGACGCCACGCAGGAUAUACCUUCCCUCUGCGACUCCACCAGAAGAACCUGCUUGCCUCACUUCACAAACCUCCUCACUAAAAUCAAUAACUCCCACGCACCCCCCGUCACUUGCAUAGUUGCUGACGGUGUCAUGAGCUUCACUCUUGAUGCUGCUCGACAAUUGGGUGUCCCUGAGGUCCUGUUUUGGACCCCUAGUGCAUCUGGCUUCAUGUGUUACGUCCAAUUGCAACAACUCUUUCAAAAGGGCCUAAUUCCCUUCAAAGACUCAAGUUAUCUCACGAAUGGGUAUUUGGAAACCACUAUUGAUUGGAUACCGGGUAUCAAGGAAAUUCGAUUGAGGGAUAUUCCAAGUUUCAUUAGGACUACCGAUUCGGAUGAUUUUAUGCUUGAGUUUUUACGGUGGGAGUGUGGGAGGGCUCGGGAAGCUUCUGCAAUAAUUUUGAACACGUUUGAUGCCAUUGAGCAUGACGUUUUGGAGGCUUUGUCCUCCAUUUUGCCUCCUGUUUAUUCCAUAGGUCCUUUGAAUUUACUUGUCAAGGAUAUUGAUGAUGAGGAUUUGAAUGCCAUUGAGUCCAAUCUUUGGAAGGAGGAGUUUGAGUGUGUGGAGUGGCUUGACACCAAAGAACCAAAUAGUGUUAUUUACGUGAAUUUUGGGAGCAUAACUGUUAUGACAAGUGAACAAUUGGUUGAGUUUGCAUGGGGACUUGCUAAUAGCAACAAAACAUUUUUGUGGGUUAUAAGACCCGAUGUUGUGGGGGGUGGAAACGUUGUUCUACCUCGAGAGUUUGUGGAACAGACCAAAAACAGAGGUUUGUUGUCUAAUUGGUGUCCUCAAGAGCAAGUUCUAGCUCACCCCGCAAUUGGAGGGUUUUUGACACACAGUGGUUGGAAUUCAACGUUGGAAAGUGUAUGUGGAGGUGUUCCUAUGAUAUGCUGGCCUUUCUUUGCAGAGCAACAAACCAAUUGUCGGUUUUGUUGCAAGGAGUGGGGGAUUGGUUUGGAGAUUGAAGAUGUUAAGAGGGACAAAAUAGAAAGCCUUGUAAGGGAGUUGAUGGAUGGUGAAAAGGGUAAACAAAUGAAGGAUAAAGCCUUGCAAUGGAAGGAAUUGGCAAAAACUGCUGCUUCUAGCCCUCAUGGAUCUUCGUUUCUUAAUUUGGAGAAUUUGAUUCGUGAAGUUCUUCUAUGCAAAAGCGUUAAAAAUUAGUGUAAGAAGAGUUCAAAUCUACUUAAUAUUUGCUGUUAUGUAGAGAAUAUGGUUGGAUACAAGAUUGAAUAAUUUUUAAGAAUUCUCUUGCAGAAAAAAUUGCUUAUGCAUAUUUUUAAGAGAAUUUUUUUUUUAUUAA